UAAUAGUAGGCAAUCCGUUGGUAGGGUUUCGGUGUUGGUGGUUUGGCCGAAUACCUGAUAAUAUACAUACUACCAGUUAUCGGCAAUGGAACUAUCGAGGUAUUCUAGCAGCUUACGGGAGGGACAAUUCAAAGAAAUGACAUUGCUUGCUACAUCGAUACAUUCAAUAUUCCUAGCACUAAGUUUGUUCUGUAAUCCAUCAACAUAUGGAACUACCGCUUGGCAUCAUCAUAGCAAUCAUAGUUGUCAUGGUUGUGCAGAAGCGCGGGAUGAAUUGGCAAAAAUACGAUUGGAAUUAAUUAAACGUGAAAUCCUGGAAAAACUUGGUUUGGAUGCACCACCGCAAGUACGACCGCAAGAUGGUUUUCCAACAAUUCCACAAGUUGCGAAAUAUUUGAAGUAUCAAUUACGACAUGAUUCCGCAACAGCAUCAAUGCAUCUUCAUCAUACAUCAUCAUUUCUGGCUGAUGAAUUAAUGAUACCGGAACGUAAAGCAGAACGAACGAUUGUACUGGCUGAACGAACGCCAACACGUUUCAACAUAAAUUCCAAUCAAGUCCUUGCACAUUUCAAAUUUUCCGAUGAGUUAAUGUCAAAAUUACUACUAUCCACUGUACUAAAUGUAUAUCUCCGGAAACCAACUAAACUUCAUUCCGAUUCACGCAUUGCAGCAGUUCAAGUACUGGUCAAGGAGGUCGUCAAGAAUGGCUCGAUUGGUGCAGCUUUAGCAGAACGAAAACGUCAUGUUGAUCUUAGUAAAGAUUGUUAUAUACAAAUUCCAAUACGUGUUGAUGAUGUACAACGAUGGUGGAGUGGUAAUGAUUUCAUGGGUUUAUAUGUGGAAGCAUUUUAUAAAAACGAAAAUUUGGCUCUUCAUCCACAAAAUGAUUACAAAAAUAUGAUGUACCUUGAAAUAACAACAGUUGAAGAAUGGGGACGUCAUAAGCGUAGCUAUCAGGAAGUAUGUACAAAAGAGAUGAACGAACCAUCAUGUUGCUUGUAUAGUUUGGUUGUUGAUUUUGAAGCUGCUGGUUGGGAUUUUGUUAUAGCGCCCAAAUUAUACGAUGCGCAUAUGUGCAGUGGAGAAUGUCGUCUUCAUCAUGCUGGUCGUUCAGCACACAGCAAAAUUACUUCAUCGACAAAAAAAAACGCCGUAAAUGGUUGUUGCCAUCCAACCGAAUACGAUCCAAUAACGCUUGUUUACAUGACUCAAGAAAAGGAAUUGAAAAUUCGCGAAGUGCCAGGUAUGAUCGCCCGGCGAUGCACUUGUGCUUGAUUUCAAGCAUCGACGAGAUCGAGCGAACCCAAGGUGUCGAGGGCCACGUACUGAAGAAGAGGACGAGCAUGGAAUCAUGGUUAUCACGCUCCAUUCUAACAGCAUCGAAACAUUGUUGCUGUAACUCCCCAAAGUUAUGCAUCUGCUGCUGCUGUUGUUGCGCACGCAGAAUUCCACGAGCAUCAAAUUCCUCCCUUAUAUUUGCAUAAAUCAUCAAAGUAGGAUAAGGGAAGGGUAUAAACGAUAUGACCAAAUUUGGGGAUAUUUGGCUGACAUCUUGAACGCUCACUUUGAAUUUGCUUUGUUAUUGAUAGGUAUUUAAUUGUCAACCAUCACGUUACAAUCACCACCACCACUACCACCACCACC